AUGGCCGGAUUACGGCCAUCUGUGUGUUCUAGAACACGUUGCUUUGACACUGGGAGGAAAUUCUUCUCCCACAAUUCGUUCCUGCGCCAGAAUGUACAUCAGAGUGGUUCUUCCGCGCCUUUCAAUACACCCCAGGCGCAAAAACGCAAUGCAUCCGUAAUGUAUUAUACUGCCAGUCUCUUUCUUGGGACUUUAGCACUUGCUUAUGCCUCCGUUCCUCUAUAUAAGAUGAUCUGCCAACAGAUGGGCUGGAACGGUCAACCAGUCCUGACUCACCGCGCUGGUGAUGGCGAUACAUCCAAUCGGGUAACUCCAGUGACCGAUGCUCGUCGCCUUCGAAUUACCUUCAAUGGUUCGGUUUCGGACGUGCUGCCCUGGAAGUUCACACCUCAGCAGCGGGAAGUCCGGGUAUUGCCUGGGGAAACCGCGCUUGCUUUCUAUACCGCGACAAAUAAAGGCCCCACGGACAUCAUCGGCGUUGCAACAUACAGUGUGACACCGGGACAAGUGGCUCCAUAUUUCAGCAAAAUCCAGUGCUUCUGCUUCGAAGAACAGAAGUUGAACGCCGGGGAGUCCGUGGACAUGCCGGUCUUCUUCUUCAUCGACCCAGAUUUUGCCACAGAUCCGGCUAUGAAGGGCAUCGACACCAUCACCCUGUCGUACACAUUCUUCAAAGCGAAAUACGACGAUAACGGUGUCCUCAGACCUAUAACCAGCAACUAA